GUACAAAGAUAAUGUCUCAGUGGUGGAGGAUAAAUUUGCAUGACAUGUUUAAUCACAACAUUCAGAAAUUCUAUGCAAGUGCUGGGCUAUUAAUUGAUCUCUUUUAGAUUUGGACAGCUGGGAGAUAUGCAGCUAUCUUGAGGGAAAGAGGAUGUGGGGCUGACCUUGCUAAAUCUUUUUCAGAUUCUCCAGGGGUGCCAGGAAGCCUUUCUCUCUCUGGGACUAAAGACAGACAUGGCAGGUGGGGAGACCUCCAGGCGCUGGGAGGCCGAGAGGCAGGAUGGCAAGAGGGCAGAGGCCAGGCUCAUUCGCGGACUGCAGCAUUUAGAAGACGCCCGUCUCUCCUAUUUGAAUUCAAUGAUGAAGGAACAGCGGAGACUCCAGCAGGAGCUCAUGAGAAUGCAGAAGAGUCGCUCCAAGCAGAAGCUUUCAGUGGGCCCUGGACGCAGAAGCUUAAAACUGGCUCUUCCACUCCUGUCCCCUCAGGCAGGACGGGAUUACAGCAGAUUCCAAGAUGCAGCACAGCGAUCCAAGAGGAAAACACUGGCCAAGGCAGGGGGCUUUCCGGGGACAAGCCAGCCUUCCUUGUAUCUAAAGAAGCCUGAUGGUGAUGUCGCAAGAAAUGAAGAGGACAGAAAAGGGCACUUGCCCCCCUUGAAUGUCAAAGACCAAGACACCACUGCGGACAGGGACAUCGCCACCCUAAAGGACUCCAUCGCCAAGCAGUUGUGCAUCUCCUCAGAGGCUGGGGAGGGAGAGGAAGCAGGUGGAACCGAGGGCCGAAGGGAAGGGCCUGCAGAGAAGGAGAGCAGAGCUGCCAAGGGCACUAAGCUCGUGACUCUCCCAGGGCAGCGAAGGCCUUCCCUUGGGCCUGAGAGGCUGAUCAUGGAUCCAGAGGCCUAUGCAGCAGAUGGACGUCUCAGGACCACGUAUGCCAGGCCAGAUUUCCUAAAGUCUUAUGCGGAAGCUAGGAAAGCCCGCUACAUUCGCCACAAGAACGCUCCUGCCUGGGAAAAGGAACUGAGUCUCCAGGAGAUAUUUGGACACAAAAAGACCAUGCAGCAUUCACCACAGGGGCAGGCUAUGAUGAAACCACAGCCCUGAGUGCACGGGGAAAGGAUGCCAUGGCCCUCCAAAAUCAUGGUAGUCAAGAUCACCAUCAGCUCAAAUCAGGCUUG